CCGGUCCGUGUGGGGGAGGUUCUCGCGCAGGCCGGGGACUCAGGGCAGGUGUUGGCGCGCGUGCGGUGAAUUUUUUCGCGAGUCGGCCUCCUUUCCCGCCGGAUCAUGGCCACCGACUCGUGGGCCCUGGCAGUGGACGAGCAGGAAGCGGCUGUCAAGUCGAUGAGUAAUUUGCAAAUCAAGGAAGAGAAAGUCAAACCAGAUACCAAUGGUGUUAUUAAAACCAGUGCCACUGCAGAGAAAACAGAAGAAGAAGAGAAAGAGGACAGAGCUGCCCAGUCCUUACUCAACAAGCUGAUCAGAAGCAACCUUGUGGAUAACACAAACCAGGUGGAAGUCCUGCAGCGGGACCCAAACUCCCCGCUCUACUCAGUGAAGUCCUUUGAGGAGCUUCGGCUGAAACCACAGCUUCUCCAGGGAGUCUAUGCCAUGGGCUUCAAUCGACCAUCCAAGAUACAAGAGAACGCAUUACCCAUGAUGCUUGCUGAGCCCCCACAGAACCUGAUUGCCCAGUCUCAGUCUGGUACUGGUAAAACAGCUGCCUUUGUCCUGGCCAUGCUCAGCCGAGUGGAACCAGCAGAGAGAUACCCCCAGUGUUUGUGCCUCUCCCCAACAUAUGAGCUGGCUCUUCAAACGGGAAAAGUGAUUGAGCAAAUGGGCAAAUUUCAUCCAGAACUAAAGCUUGCUUAUGCUGUUCGAGGCAAUAAAUUGGAAAGAGGUCAGAAGAUCAGUGAACACAUUGUCAUUGGCACCCCUGGGACUGUUCUGGACUGGUGCGCCAAGCUCAAGUUCAUCGACCCCAAGAAGAUCAAGGUGUUUGUGCUGGAUGAGGCUGACGUGAUGAUAGCUACUCAGGGCCACCAAGAUCAGAGCAUCCGCAUCCAGAGGAUGCUGCCCAGGAACUGCCAGAUGCUGCUUUUCUCUGCCACCUUCGAAGACUCCGUAUGGAAAUUUGCCCAGAAAGUGGUCCCAGACCCAAACAUUAUCAAACUGAAGCGCGAGGAGGAGACACUGGACACCAUCAAGCAGUAUUACGUCCUGUGCAAUAACAGAGAUGAGAAGUUCCAGGCCUUGUGUAACCUCUACGGGGCCAUCACCAUUGCUCAGGCCAUGAUCUUCUGCCAUACCCGCAAAACAGCGAGCUGGCUGGCAGCAGAGCUCUCAAAAGAAGGCCACCAGGUGGCCCUGCUGAGUGGCGAAAUGAUGGUGGAGCAGAGGGCUGCGGUGAUCGAGCGCUUCCGAGAGGGCAAAGAGAAGGUGCUGGUGACCACCAACGUGUGUGCCCGCGGUAUUGAUGUCGAACAGGUUUCUGUCGUCAUCAACUUUGACCUCCCCGUGGACAAGGAUGGGAACCCGGACAACGAGACCUACCUGCACCGGAUCGGGCGCACGGGCCGCUUUGGCAAGAGGGGCCUGGCAGUGAACAUGGUUGACAGCAAGCACAGCAUGAACAUCCUCAACAGAAUCCAGGAGCAUUUUAAUAAGAAAAUAGAAAGAUUGGACACGGAUGAUUUGGACGAGAUUGAGAAGAUCGCCAACUGAGACGCUCCACCAGUCGCCAGUGCCCACCCCCGGCACUCCGCCUGCACGGGAGACCGGUGCUUUCACGGCACAGGGCUCGACAGUCACCACAAAGACAAAGGCAGAGGAGAGAGAAACUACCUACCUCAUUUUAAAUUACGUUUGGACUAGACAAAAAUUGUGCAACUGAUGGGGGAAGGUAGAAGGAAAAUUUUGCAUUUCGGAAAAUGUAGUCCUCCCCCUGCCACCCCCCCCUUAAGCCAUGGUUUUUCCCCAUCUUUAUAAUAAUCUGGUCGCUAUGGAUAAUCGCUGAGCCUAGGAUCCCCUGCUUGUUUUGUUGCUGGGGUGAUAGGACCAACCCCUACCCCUGCAGAAAUGGUAGAUGUAGAGCGUGGGAGAGGCUUCAUAGCACAGGCGUGUGAGCCCCACUGCACGGAUGGAAUGUGGGGAGCAGCGGCAGAGAGACCCUUGAGCUCUCCCCCUUCUCGGUCCCUGACUGGAGACCUGCCACCAAUGUCUCCUGCCCUUGGGGCCAUCUUCCUUCUCCUGAAUCCAGAGAUGUUCCUGCUGAUCCCUUUUACCUCUGUUCUCUGUGCCAGAGGAUGUCCGUUUCUGGGUGAGCAUCUUGGGUACUUUUGUAAACCUCCGAUUUAGAGAGAAACACGGAAGUCAGUGCAUCUUCAGAGAGAUUGGUCUGGCAAGGGUAGGUGAAUCCUUUGAGAAUCUGGGCCUUCCUCUUCCUGCAGUUCUGUGUUUGCUCAGGCACUGGGAGUCAGUCAUGGCGGCCAGGAGACACUGGGUGAGUUUCUGACACACCCCUGGCCACGUGAGUUGAUUCUUGUCCAUGGGGUGUCACACUGUGCCUGGAGGCAAUCAGCAGAGUUUGGAAAGGAAGUUAUGACCAAGUGAAAACUCUGAUAGUGCUCUUUAUCUGUAAUAGUGGACCUGUUGGUUACCUUAAUUCAGAGGUCAUCUGUAUGAAUAAGGACAGAUAAAUUUGAGCUAUACCCAUCAUUCAUUAUGUUCAGAAAUUUUAAAGUAAUUAUGAAAGGCUUUACUAAUCAUGAUUCAUUUUUAUUUGUAUUUUUCUGCUAAUUAGACUAAUAUAUGCUCAUUAAAAAGGUGUGUGUGUAUGUAUAUAUACAUAUAUAAGGUGCAAGUGCUCUCUAUCCCCACCUCUGUGGAAUCACCGUUAGCAUUUUGGUGAACAUUUGAUAUAUUUCCUUCUGUUUACAUACCCACUUUUUUACAAAAACGGGAACAUCCUAUUCAGGCUUUUGUGCACCCUGCCUCUUAGCAGCGUAUCUUGGACAUGUGACAUGUCCUGCACACAGGCCCACCUCACUCUUGGCAAUGGCAUUGCUCUAGCAUUAGCUGCCCCAGCGUUUAGUUCAUGGCCCCUCUAGUGACAGGCACAGGAGGUGGGCAUGGUGCCACAGCGUGCAGCCUCACUCACCUCUGCCCUGUGAAAGUCGCUGUAGGAUCUAUUCCUGGAAGUACAGGUGCUGGGUCAGAGAGUGGAGACCUUUAUGAUUUUAAUCCGUUCCCAAUUUACCCUGCCAAAAAGUUUUUACCAAUUUACAUUAUUGUAGUGAUAUGAAAAUACCUAUUUUGUUUCCUACUUGCCAAUCCUCUAUAUUAUCAAUUUUUACAAAUUUGCCAGUUUGAGUAGCAAAAAUAAAUGGCAUCAUUGCAUUUUGUCUUUA